AGAUUUCUGUGUUAUCCUAUGCAUGUCUUUGCCUUGUGCCGGUGCUCUUCCUCCAAUAUACAUACACAGUGGGAACCGUAAAGAAGAAAGAGGAUAAAUAUGUUGGGUGUGGCGACUCCCUCUCUGGGGUCUUCUUGGGCUUCCAUGGUGAUCCGGAUGCCCACUCCAACUCAAACCCAAUACGCUGGCAGUGGCGGUGCCUCUGCUGCCAUUAUCAAAGGCACUGGAGGCAGGCGCGGCAGCCAUUAUCAUCAUCAUUCUUCACGACCGCGAUUGGUGUCUUUUGGUAAUUCCGAUGAUCACCAUGGGCGCUUGUUCUUCUCCUCCCCCGUUAAGACAGCUGUCGCCGCCGUUGAUUCCGACAAUCUCAGUUCCUCCAAUGCCGUCGACAAGCAACAAGCCAACAAAUAUUAUUUCGUUGUUGCAAACGCAAAAUUCAUGCUGGAUGAAGAGGAGCAUUUCCAGGAGCUCUUGUCUGAGCGCCUUCGUCUCUAUGGAGAGCGUGAUAAAGAGCAGGAUUUUUGGCUGGUCAUCGAGCCCAAAUUCUUGGAUAAAUUCCCUAACAUUACUAAGAGGUUACGAAGACCUGCUGUCGCUCUGGUUUCAACCAAUGGUCCCUGGAUCACGUUCAUGAAGUUAAGACUGGACCGAGUUUUAUCAGAAAGCUUCGAGGCUGAUAGUAUUGGAGAAGCAUUAGCCUCUAAUCCUGCCAAUAUAGAGUUUGAGAAACCAAAAAACUGGGUAGCACCUUACCCAAAAUAUGAAUCUGGAUGGUGGGAGCUCUUCUUGCCCCCUGGAUCGAAAGAGGAGGUUAAAGUAUAAAGCAUUUUCCUUCUCUGCCAAGCCAACUGCAUUUCCUUAUCAGUUUGGAUUUUUCUUCAUGUAAUAGUAAGUAGAAGUUGAGUUUGGUGAAGUUUGCAUACAACUUUGUAAGAGAGUGCAGGCAGUUCAUACUUUAAUUUUUGAAGGUUUACUCA